UCACUUAAACACCAGGCAAUAGUGGUGUGCCCGGAACUGUGUUUGUCGUUUAAGCUCAGGAAUCUGUAAGGUAUUCCGUAAUUGUGUCACCUGUUUGGGUACUCUUCGGCAAAUUAUUACGCAAUGUUCCAAAUUUGAGCGACCACUGCCCCCGAAAGGAAAAAGGAGGAAGGUAUUCGGAUACGUUACAGCAGUGGCAAAUAACUGAGUAACUGUGAUGUACACCAUUAACGAUCUGAGAUUACGGAAGAUGCCUUCAUUCUUGAAAAAGAAUGUUGGUGGCUCGAAGAUUUGCCUUCAACAAUUGUGCAGUCCGCUGCCUUGCCACUGCAGCCCAAGAGGUUGCAGCUAAUGGAGUGCAAGGCCCGACAUCUCUGUAUGAUAAGCAAGUAUCUGAAGGCAAAAUACUUCCCGAUAACCAUCAAAAGCUUAUCAUACAUGAACUUCAACAGUGCUAUGAUGCAGUUGUUGGAUACACACCACCUCCACCUCUUGGUGCAUUUAUGAAGCUAAUAGGGUGGCAGCGUGAGGUGAAAUCUCCAGGUGGAGUCUAUAUCUGGGGAACUGUAGGAACUGGUAAAACCAUGUUAAUGGACUUGUUUUAUGAAUGUGUUCCUAUUGAUAAGAAAGCAAGAGUUCAUUUCAACUCAUUUAUGUUGGAUGUCCAUAAAAGAAUACAUGCUGAAAAAAAGAACAUAAAGAAAAUCAAUGCUCCUGAUCAGGCCCGUUACUUUGAGCCUGAUGGCACAUACACCAUCAACUUACGUCCUUAUGACCCUAUUCCUCCAGUAGCUAGGGACAUUGCAAAUGAAACUUGGCUUCUGUGUUUUGAUGAGUUUCAGGUUACAGAUAUUGGUGAUGCUAUGAUUCUGAAGAGACUUUUUACAGAACUUUUUAAUAAUGGCGUUGUUGUCAUAGCAACAAGUAACAGAUGUCCAGAUGACCUGUAUAAAAAUGGUCUACAACGGUCAAACUUUAUUCCUCUUAUCCCUAUUUUAAAAUCACAUUGCAAGGUUAUUAAUUUGGACUCCGGGAUAGAUUACAGGGUAAAGAAUCUUCCUGAUUCCAAUAAAGUUUUUUUUGUGAAGACACAAUGUGAUGCGGAUGCAGAAAUAAAAACUCUUUUCAAAAUUCUUUGUGCCAAUGAAACGGAUGUUGUCCGCCCUCGGACUCUCUCUUAUGCUGGUAGAAAUGUUAGCUUUGAAAAAUCUUGUGGAGGUGUAUUAAAUUCAACCUUUACUGAACUCUGUGACCGGCCUUUAGGUGCUGCUGACUAUAUCCAGCUGAGCCAUGUUUUUCACACUGUUAUCAUCAGAGACAUUCCUGUCUUAAACCAGAAGACCAAGGGUCAAGCUAGACGUUUUAUAACUCUCAUCGACACGCUAUAUGAUAACAAGGUACGAUUGGUCUGUACUAGUGAUGUCCCGCACACUGAGAUUUUCCAAGGAGAAGAGGGCCAUUCAGAGUUUGUUGAUAAAGACAGCCUCAUGCUAAUGGAUGAUUUAGGUUUAAAGGAGAAACAAAAGGAAACCAAGACCAUCAGUAUUUUUACAGGAGAAGAAGAGAUGUUUGCCUUUGAACGAACUGUAUCCAGGUUAACUCAGAUGAUGACAAAUGAUUAUUGGCAAGAAUAUAACAAACAAAUGAGAUGAAUGUUCCUUGGAAAUUGUUUUAAGUAAAUAGAUUUACUUACUAUUAUAUUUUCAAAUGAUAUAAAGUACGUACUGUAUAGUUGAUUAUUGUAACUUAUUUUUUGUUGUAUAUAGUUAUGGAUUUUAAAGAUUUUAUAUGAA